AUGGAAAGCGCUAAGGUGAGGUCGAUUUCGAAGGAAAUAAAUGUAGAAUAUUUGCGUUCUCAAAUUGAAACAUGGCAACGUUUUCUUGAGCGAUUUCGUCGAUGUGAAUGCUUAGAGUUUGGUGGACAAGGAUGCAACUGCGUGAAUGAAGAUGACGAGGAAGUCUUUAACAGAUGUGAAGGAUUCUAUCAAGAUAGCAGUUCUCAAACUGACUUGAUGCAUGGUGAGUGUUUUUUUCUUAAUUAAAGUAAUGUAAAAAGUAUAAAGUCUGCGUCGUCCUUUAGAAAUUCCUCUAGGCUUCUCCUUUCGUCAGCAAAGGGUGCAAAAAUCGAAUGAGGGAUCAAUCGGUACUAUUCCAUCAUAUUCCGUCGUAAGUUUGACAAGUCUGACUGAAGAAGCUCCAUGUUACGUGACUGAAGUAAUAACUAACAUUAAAGAUCGAAGAACGACACAAUGUUAAAGUUAAAUUAUUUGUCAUCUUUUAUCAGCUCCGCCUUCGAAUCCUCCAAGGGUUGUCUUUCAACGAUCAGAUUCGUUUGCAUGUCGAGAUCCCAUGGAUGUAUCUCAAAUACUUGAUUUAAGUCCAAGAAACUUUAUCUUCGCAAGAGAUAAUCCUCAAAAUUAUCGAGAAAUACGGAAUCCAUACGUACUGGUGAUAAACAUUGUAAACUUUAUCAAGGACCCACGACCAAGGAAUGGGGCUAAACACGAUCAAGAUAACGUGGAGAGGUUUGUAAGAGAAGCUGGUUUCAGCAGUGUUCUGUGGUAUUUUGACCUGGAAAAACAAGAUAUGCUGAAACUUCUUGAAGAAACCCGAAAAAAUGCAGAUUUGGGUAAGUAGCUCUAUAUGCAGUCUCUAUUUUUGUUACAUCCAUGAGGUUCGUGCACUUUAAGUUUCGAUUAGACCGGAAGUUAGCUGCUGCAGCAAAGUAACAUACUCCUAAAGUGUCAUGGUUUUAAAAAAACAUUUCCUAUUGCCAUAUCUAUUUGCAACGUUUCCGACUUCUACUCCUAAAUUCUAUGGCGUCCAGAAGAGGUUUAUUUCAAAGUUUGAUUUGUCUUAAAUGAGUAUGUAGAUCUCAGAACUUUUUCCUCGUUCAUUGAUAAAAGCACUCACAGGAAGGUGUGGUAUUAAAACCAAAGGGAAAUUCUGAGCUGCCAAAAUAACUUUUUGCCUAAAUUAUAUUGCAGUGAAGCUCCCUCUACCUCUGUUCAGUACUUUGAAUUGCAACCGAUACAAUGUUGAUUUCUUUCGUUAUUCUGUUACAGUUGAAAAUGACAGUUUUAUCUGCAUUAUUAUGAGCCAUGGCAACAAAGAAGGUAUUUUAUGCAGAGAUCAUGAAACUAUUUCAGUGGAGAACAUAAUGGAGAAAUUCCAGGGAAACAAUGAUGCUUGUCCCCAGCUUGCAACAAAACCAAAAUUGUUCUUUGUUCAAGCAUGCAGAGGAGAAAGUGAUGACAAAGGGUACUUUGCACCAAGAGGGCCAAAAGAAGUUUAUCCUGCUACAUCUGACAACAAUGAGAUGCCUGUAAAACUUCCCUCCGAUGCAGAUUUUUUGAUCGCCUACUCUACCACCAAAGGCACAAUCUCUCACAGACGCUUCACAGUUGACAGAAUAUAUGCUGAAACACAUAAGGAAAGUCUGGGUUCUUGGUUCAUCUCUUGCUUGGUACAGGUUCUAUGUGAGAACUCUCACAAGGAGGACUUAAUGACUAUGCUCACAAGAGUGAACAGAGCCAUGUGUGAAUUUUACACUGAAGGUGGAAGCAAGCAGAUUUCAUGCCAACUUUCUAUGCUCACAAGGAAAGUCUACUUUUCUAACUUCCUUGAUAAGAUAAAGUGUGUAGGCAGCAACACAAAUUAGGCAAACCUUGACAACCAAACUGUGUUAAUGGUGGUAGGAUUAGGGUGGAGCCAGGAAGUGGAGAGAGGUACCACCCUUUUUAUUAAUUUGUGGUGAGCCCUUCAACUCCCAAUGUACAGAAAUUUGGUAUUUAGAAACCCUAACCCUAAGCAACAAAUAACUGACAUCCUCAGCUGACAGGUUUGUUAUUGCUUCUUUUACUUUUCUUGGAUGGACUGUUGCUAUGAACAAAUUCUACAGCUUUCUGGAAGUGAACGAAAAGAGUUCAAAUAAGUACUAUCAACCUUCAUCACUGUUUUGGACCUUGCCCACAAUUUUUAGCUUGCCUAUUAUCUCAGUACCAGAACUGUGCCAGGUUACAAAAAAGUUCUAUGAACUAAAGAUUAUUAAGCAUUACAUGCUACAUAAGUAUAUUUCUGUAAAACUCAUUUAUGAAGAGCCAAGGCUCAGAAACACCCUGAAAUAUUUUGGAAAUUGUUAAAAUGGGGCCAGUUGCAUACAACAGCAGCAGUAAAGCACAUAAAUGUAUAUGAUAGUCAUGAUAGUUUUCAGUGAAAAUAAAGAUGUUGUUACCAAUUUUAUAAAGUACAUGACUAGAUCAAUAAAAUGUGUCAUGACACAGAAUCAUUUGAUUUUGUCUAAACUAAAAUCUAUGAAAAUGCUACCAAUGUUCUUAUGUUUGCCAUAAGAGACUCUUUCCUUUCCCUUCCCUCCCCUCCUUCAAAGCAGGCAGUGGUGGUAUAAACAGUGGGAUUGACUGGUACUGGCCAGUGAAUGGUUACUUGAUUAGAUCAUUUUGCUGUUGUGUGCUUGGUUGUCAAGCCUUUGAACAGGAGUGAGGCUAAGGUUGACCUUGUUAUUGAUAAAAACCUUGUUGCCUUUCAAAUGCAAAUAAGUUUGUUAUCAUGCUAACUAGAUACUGGUCUCCAUCACAACAAGGUCACCUUCAGCCUCACUCCAAAUCAAAGGCUUGGCAACUUAGGACACAACUGUAGAAUGGCUUAUUGUCAGUUCCUAAGCCAAGACCAUGGGGGGGGGGGAGGGAGGGGGGGUGGGAUUAGCUUUAAAAGCAGCUUAAACCUCCAAAGCAGCUUACAAACUGCUGCUAAGAAAUUGAGCAAGGGGAAUCCCAUUAGCUGAAUUAUUUAAGAACGUCCUUGAACUAGUCUCAAAAUAAUAGUACUCUCUUUAAAAUUCCCUCCUCAUGCCCCUCCCUCUCAACAAAUCCUCAGAAUAAAGACAGGGAAUUACGGUGCUUUGAUAAGGCUAUGCGUAUUGUUACUUAUUAAUAAUUGCCCAAUAGCUAGGCUAGAAAAAAUAUAUUAGUCUGUAAAGCUGUGUAUCCACUUGUGAUCUGGUGGGGUGUUCUCGACCAAAGUUGCUGUGUCUAUUCGGUAUUCAUUACAGCUGAUGAAGAGUUCAGAAGAAAAUGUUGGCACUCAAUGUGUUAUUAAGAAGCUCUUCCUCUCUACAACACUUCCCAAACCCACUCAUUCUCAAUUAAGCCCUCAGUAUAAAAGUUUUAACUGGUAAUUGAUCAUGUACUUCCUCAAAUAAAUGCCCUGACACCGAUUCAAUAUUUCAGCUUGUAGAUUCUACGGUGAACGGAGAAAGACAGCGAAAAAUUGGGCUCUUGGUUCAUGUCCUGCUUGGUGAAGGUUCUACAAGAAAAUUCGCACGUUGGCGACUUAAUGACAAUGCUGACUAA